AUGACAUUAACGAGGUUCUCGAGCCCGCAGACCUCUGAAGUUGCUGAGGUCAUCAUCAGCACUCCCGUCGCCACCAUCACCACUUCCGAUGCAUCCCCCGUAUCAGCUGAGGAGUCGACUCCGACCCAGUCGCGGAGUGGACGGGAUGCAGGGCCUUCCACUUCCAAUUCAGCAGUGAGGAAAGAAAGGUCCAGAGUGCGCUUCAACAGCAAAGCCGACGAGAACAGCAGGCCUCGCUCAGGCCCGUCGCCACGUCGCAGCGAAGAGAUGAGCCCGCCACGCCUCGAGACACACCCCGUCACCCGUCCCCGUCCAUCCGUUCUGCGUACACGUUCAGACAGUCCCGGACGUCCUGGUCCGAGUACUGCCCAACUGAACCGCAAUGAUGGGGAUGAUGAUGACCACCAGAUGGAACCCGAAAAGGCCAUCUCCGCCGCUGCAGCCCAGGAGAGAGCAAGGCACGUAGCCGACCGCGUUCGGAAGGACAAGAACAAGCAGGCCGCUGGCCGCAGGGACUCGGUGGCCUCCGACGACUCCCACGACUCCCACGAUUCCCAUGACUCGCACGAGUCGCUUGUCGGGAGCGAGAAUCAUUACGGGGAAGCUAUCCCGCUACAAGGAUUGGCGCAUGACAACGGCAGUCAGCAGGCCCUCAUCACAUUGUCUAAUAUGGAAGAGCACAACGAUGGCGGAAGCAGCAGCAAAAUGGAGCCAUUCCGAGAGCAAGCGCUAAAGCUGGUGCGCUCCCAUACGCGACAUUUUCGUAGCAGCAGGAAGAAGAACGAUAGCACCGCAACCAGCGGGACCAACAGUCCGGCAGAGCCCAUAUCGGAUGUCACGCUGCCCCAGGCAACCCCUAGCGAGGUCAAUGACGGCUUCUACGACGGUGUCUACAGUGUGCCGCCCCCCAAGCAGUACCGAAGCAGUGUAUUGUCGCAGCUCCUACGCCUAUAUAAGCCUCAUGCGGAGGUUGUGAGCCACCAUGGACGGAACUGGAGCAGUUCGACAAUUGCCACUAAUGCCAACCAUGAUGACGGCGGCGAGGCCGGCCAUGGUGGGUUUAGCGGAAGCAGCUCUGGGGCUGUCACACCGACCCGGAGGAAAUGGUACGAGCAGGACAAAUCACCGCACGACGCUCUGGCCAACCUGGUCGGCGCUUCGGCGCGGCUUGCUAAUCCUAACCUGCCUUCGCCUGAUCCGACCAAGUCAGGCCCAGGACGCCAUUGGGCGCGACCGACUCAUCACCGCCGCCGGCGAUCCAGCAGCAAUCGCACGAUGGCGUUCCUCGGGAGGGACGAAGAGAACCGGAUUGCCACGCACAUUGCCGAGACGCUGGGCCGCCAAGAGUACAUUGUCAAGUUGUGCGAGGCGUUGAUGCUUUACGGCGCGCCCACGCAUCGUCUGGAGGAGUAUCUGAGCAUGACGGCGCGUGCCCUCGAGAUCGACGGCCAAUUUCUCUAUCUCCCCGGCUCCAUGGUCAUUUCGUUUGAUGACCGAGCAACACAUACUGCCGAGGUGCGUAUGGUGCGCUGUGCCCAGGGAAUCGAUCUCGGCAAGCUCAAGGACGUCCACCGCGUCUACAAGGAAGUCAUUCACGACGUCCUUACCGCCGAGGAAGGCACCGAGAACCUCGAUGCUCUGCUGCAGUCGCCCGACAAGUUCAGCCCCUGGCUGCGUGUUCUCAUCUUUGGUCUCACAAGUGCCACGGCUGCUCCCUUUUCCUUCAAGGCCAGGCUCAUCGACCUGCCUCUCUGCUUCUUCCUUGGCUGUCUGGUCGGUUUCCUGCAACUGAUUGUGUCGCCAAAGUCGAAAUUAUACAGCAACGUUUUUGAGGUCAGUUCGGUCGUCGCCGUAAGCUUCCUGGCCCGCAUGUUUGGCAGCAUCUCUGGAGGAAAUCUCUUCUGUUUUUCGGCCCUGGCACAAGGCGGUAUUGUCAUGUUGCUUCCCGGGUAUCUUGUCUUAUGCUCUUCCCUCGAGAUUCAGAGCCAUUCCAUUGUGGCCGGUUCCAUCCGCAUCGUCUACGCAAUUGUCUAUUCGUUACUUCUUGGUUUCGGUAUCACGGUGGGCUCGGCGCUUUACGGUAUACUCGACGACACCGCUUCCUCGGCCACGACGUGCAACCAGACCCUCCCAACUUACGUUCCCUUUGCAUUUGUACCUCCGUUUGUGGUGUGUAUCAGCAUCCUAUACCAGGCCAAGUGGCGCCAAAUGCCCGUCAUGGUUGUGGUCGCCUUUGCCGGAUACAUCGUCAACUACUUCAGCAGCCUCAAAUUUUCAGCUAGCCCGCAGAUUGCCAGCACUCUGGGAGCUCUCACUGUCGGGAUCUUGGCAAAUCUCUACUCGCGACUCCGGCACGGCGUUGCAGCUGCAGCCCUCAUCCCCGCCAUUUUCACCCAGGUGCCUGGUGGCUUGGCCUCAACGGGCGGUCUUCUCAGCGGCAUCACCACGGCGGACAUGCUUACUGGCAACGAAUCAGACAGCAGCUCAGCGAGCCAGGACCAGGUCAACACGGUCAUCUUCAACGUGGCUGCUUCCAUGAUCCAAAUUGCCAUCGGCAUUGCUGUAGGACUCUUCCUCAGUGCCCUCUUGAUUUAUCCUCUCGGAAAGCGACGCAGCGGUCUAUUUAGCUUUUGA